CAAUCUCGUGCCAUUCUAUAUUGGUUUCCAUGUUUCCGUGAGCGAUGUUCCAUGCAGACAGGAAGUGGUAUGUAGCCUCUUCUUUGAACCCUGCAAGAUGACCAACUGCAUUGCCCCACAAAACUACACUUCACACGCUGUAGCAACUCUCGGCUUCUGUUAUCUGGUGUGAUCAUAGUCAAUUUGCACUACCUUGAUUGAUAUAUAAUUCAGUAAGAAAGAUAUAAGGUACUGCUUAUUUUUAUGCAAGGUUGGAAGCUAGCAAAAUGUUAAGCACAUGGUUUUGGCAAGGUGGCUUGCAAACAAUAGCUAGAAAAUUAGCAAAUACCAUGUUGAAGGCAGACAGACUUGCACCAGUAUCCACCAGUUCUAAAUGUGCAUCUGCCAGCAUAUUUGAUAGAAAAGUCAAAGAGUUACAAAGGAACUAUGCAGGAAAACAGCCUGACUCAUCAGUAUAUGACUAUGUAAAAGAAGAGGUGGGAUGGAGAGUUGCUGAUAGAGUGUUUGACAUUAAACGUCAAUUUGACACAAUAUUGGACCUGGGCUGUGGCAAGGGGUAUGUCUUCAAGCAUUUUGACAAGGACAUGGUGCGGCACGUGGUGGCAUGCGAGCUCUCAGACGCCCUGCUGGCCGCCACCGAGCCGCCGGAGGGCGUGCAGCUGAGCCGGCGCCACGAGGACGAGGAGACGCUCCAGCUGGACGAGAAUAGCGUCGACCUAGUCACCAGCAGCCUGAGCCUCCACUGGGUCAACGACCUUCCGGGCUGUUUCGGGCGCGUGCACCGGUGCUUACGGCCGGACGGCGCGUUCGUGGGCGCCGUGCUCGGCGGCGACACGCUGUACCAGCUGCGCUGUGCGCUGCAGCUGGCCAGCCUAGAGCGCGAGGGAGGGGUCGGCCUGCACGUGUCGCCGUUCGUGAAGGCGCAGGAUGUGGGCGGCCUGCUGACCCGGGCCGGCUUCACCAUGCUCACCAUCGACGUGGACUCGGUGACGGUCGGAUACCCGUCCAUGUUCGAGCUGAUGUGGGAUCUGCAGGGCAUGGCUGAGAACAACGCCGCCUACAACCGCAAGCUGCGCCUGAACCGGGACACCAUGAUGGCCGCCGCCGCCGUCUAUCAGGAGAUGUACGGCAGUUCCCCGGAGAAGGACGACGGCUCCGUGCCGGCCACGUUCGAGGUGCUGCACUUUAUCGCCUGGAAGCCGGGCGCCGGACAGCCGCAGCCGCUGGACCGAGGCUCUGGCACCGUCUCGCUGCGUGACCUCGGCUCGGUGGUGUCCGGCAGCUGACCUGACCUGACCUCCCCGCACCGUAGACAGCUCAGGGGCGCGGCCGGCGGGAAUGCGUCGGAUAGACGCGCCGCCGCCGCCGCAUGGGUUUGUGUGGGAGCGUGUUGUCGCCCGCUGCUUGCCUGAGAGAUGUGACGUCUGGAUUGAUGGCGCCACGGCCAUGGUAGUGUCGCGUGACGUAGUGUUUUGUUUUGCGGUGCUGGCUGUAGUAUACAGUCCGGGCUGUACCCUCUUGGCUGUCGAGGCGGAGUUAUCGGCCUGAGACCGGCAGAUUUUUGCCAGCGAUUAGAAAAUUCCGGCUUGGUCGUGUUCCAGGCGGCGAUAUGGGCUGCGAGGUACAAACAUGACUUGAACAGGACUGAACCUUUCAGGUGUAUGUCGGAUGUGUCUAACAUUGAAUCGGUCGUCGCUUGUCUGGUCAUGUUUGCAAGAUUUGACACGUAUGGCCUGUUCCACACGUGAAUCGCCGUGCUUGCGUAUAUUGAUUACAAAAUAAAAUAUCACAGUUGC